UAUUUUGAACCGAUUAAAAAGCUUAUGCCUCUGAAAUCAAUUAAUGAAUUGCUCGAAUUCGAAGAAUUACUGGGAAACAAAAAUAACGAGAAAAAAUUUGAAAAGUUCCUGGCUUCAUUUGUGCUCUUUAAAAAACCUCUAGAAGAAAUGACAAUGACGUUUAUUGAAAGGGUUUAUCAUCUAGAGCUGCAGACUCAGGUGAAUUGCUCAGGUGCUGGGGCUAAACAGGUCCUUAAAAGUUUGUGCUCAACGCAAGUAUUAAUAAAAUCUCCAUCGAUCAUUCAUUAUAUGACAGCACGGAUGAUCCACCAGCCCUGGCGUGCGCCGAAAUUCGGUAUCAAAUGCAGCACGCAUGUGAUAGGAUCAGGGGUAGUGAGCGCAAGCAGUGUACAACAAACCGAAAGCGAACAACUAGAAAAGCGCUCUCGUCUCUAAAAAAAGAGCCUCGCGAUCCUAACAAUGAAGGAGGAGUGUCUGAUGUAAAUACUUAAUCAUAAUCUUUGAAACUAAAAAGAAGUAAUCUUUUUAUUAUUUUUAUAUAA